UGCCUAGACAGCUGCCGCGAAACCGUGCUCCCUACCCAAGCGCGCUAGCACUCCAGCAAAACCUCGUUCCGAUCUGCGGGACAAUAAGCGGGCGGGAUCAUGGCCCGGAAGGUCCUAACGGUCCUGCUGCCUCUGCUGCUCUGUGUCAUCGCCUUUGCGGGCCUCCUGCUGCUCAGCAUCCCUAUCAGGAAUGUCCGGGAGCCGCCCUCCUACAAGUAUGGCAUAGUCCUAGAUGCUGGUUCUUCUCACACAUCUAUGUUUGUCUACAAGUGGAUAGAGGAAAAGGAAAAUGGCACAGGCAUCGUGAGCCAGCACAGCAUGUGUGAUGUACAUGGUGGUGGUAUCUCCAGUUAUGCAGAAAAUCCCUCUGAGGCAGCUGAAAGCCUGGUAGAAUGUCUCAACCAAGCCCUGAAAGAUGUGCCCAAGAAGAGACAUCCAAUAACUCCCCUCUAUCUGGGCGCCACUGCAGGCAUGAGACUUCUGAACUUGACCAAUCCAGCUGCUUCAGCCAGUGUCCUUUCAUCAGUGAAUGAGAUGUUAAGCAAAUACCCCUUUGACUUCCGAGGGGCCCGGAUUUUGUCUGGCCAGGAUGAGGGAGUCCUUGGCUGGGUCACUGCCAACUAUCUCUUGGAGAAUUUCAUUAAGUAUGGUUGGGCAGGGGAGUGGUUUCGACCAAAGCGGGGAACUGUGGGGGCCAUGGACCUAGGUGGAGCAUCCACACAGAUCACCUUUGAGACAGCCAGCCAGACUGAGGAUCCUGCCAAUGAGGUCAGGUUGCAGCUCUAUGGCAAGAGCUACAGAGUAUACACUCACAGCUUCCUGUGCUAUGGUAGAGACCAAAUGCUUAAGAAGUUACUGGCUGGUGUGCUUCAGAGACAUAGUACACACCCCUGCUGGCCUGUAGGCUAUUCAGCGAAAGUCUUCCUGAAGGAUGUGUACAGCUCACCUUGUACUUCAGCCCAGAGACCCCCAGACUAUGAUGUCAGUGCUGAGGUGACCCUUUCUGGGAGUGGAAAUCCUAUCCUCUGCCAGCAGCUUGUUUCAGAUCUUUUCAACUUCUCAUCCUGCUCCUUUUCCCAAUGCUCCUUCAAUGACGUUUUCCAGCCUCCUCUGUCUGGGAACUUCAUCGCCUUCUCUGCAUUCUACUACACUAUGGACUUCCUUCAGAAAGUGAUGAAGCUGCCUGUGACCUCUACAGCAGAGCUGAGGACUGCAGCCAAGGCUUUGUGCAAUGAGUCAUGGGAAAAGCUGCUGGAGCUAGCCCCUAGUCAGAAGUCCCGACUGGCAGAUUACUGUGCCUCUGCCACCUUUGUACAUCAGCUCCUUGUUCAAGGCUACAGAUUUGAUGAACAUACCUUUCCCAGAAUUGCUUUCCAGAAAAAGGCUGGAGACACAUCUAUUGGCUGGGCACUAGGUUAUAUGCUGAACCUGACCAACAUGAUUCCAGCCGGCCAGAUGCAUUUCCAUAAGGGCACAGACCAUGCUACUUGGGCAGUCUUACUUCUGAUUUUCAUCAUGAUCAUACUGAUUUCCUUGGUCAUGAUUUUUUGCUUUGCUCGAUCUUCCAAGACACAAAGUGCCAUCUAAAUUAGUUGCCUGGCUGGGAUGGGUCAGGUCCUGUCCUUUUUAUGGUCCCCAGCACUGCUAUCCCUUCCUAGUGUUCUAAAAACAGCAGGAUUGUCUGCCCUUCCAGCGUAAUUUUUAUCAGAUAAGACAAUUCACUGCCUCUUCCUGGCAUUUGGGGAUGGGGGGUUGUGUUGUAUGGAUGGACUGUAGGGAAGGAAGAGACUAGAGCAGAGGAAUAAUUUAGGUAACUUGGGUUUUCCCCUCCUCAGCUUGGGGAAAUCUCUUCUCAUUAUUGAGAAGUACUGUAUGAAAAGUAGAUACUGACAGAGGUGAUAACAAUAAUUCUCACCAAAACUAGCCUAAGGCCUCUAGAGCUAGAGAUCUCUGUAACCCAGAAGGCACCCCCAAACCUUAGUCCACACAUCUAUCUGAGCUGGUAUCAGUAUGGCCUCUUAUGGGCUUGGGGCAACUUCUAGUGAAAUUUUGGGGAAGACAGAACCAGGUAAUUAAUUAGAAGCUCAUAUCUGAUAUGUGUGUCAUGGUGUGGCACAUCCUAACCUUUAGCAAACCCAACUUUCCACCUGAUUCUCUCAUUUGUCCCUCUCCUCCCUCUUUGUCUUGAACCAGACUCUUUCCUUACUGUGGCCUCUGGCAUUCAGGGAUGACAAUAUCGACUGAGCUACUCAGGUAACCCUUUCCUACGGGAUGGGGAUGAAGUCUAAUCUCUCCAUGGAGAGCAGCAGUCCUGGAUCAUAGAAAAGCAGAUAAGGCUUGACUAAUGGAGAGCCUUGGGGUUGGGGAGUAGAGAUUGGGCUCAGUGAAAGGGAAAAAUAAAUCCUGGAGAAGAGGCUCCUAAUUUCAAACUCCAGAGGUGCCCAGCAGGCAUAUGGUUCUCACUGUGGUACUUAUAUAACUUUGGGGGGAGGGAGAAGAGAUGCCAUUUAUAUCUCUCUGGGUCUGUCCUGGAAGAGCCAUUGGCAUUCAUUAUUUGUUUUUAAAAAAGAAGAAAAAGUUUGUAAUAAAAUGUAUCCUGGAUAACUAGCCAGUGCUGAGGCUCAUUUCUCUUUGGGGCGAGUCCCUGGCUGAUCCCUGGCCUACACGCACAUUCUAUAGCUUACAGUCCCAGAAACAUGAAGAAUGAAUGGUUAUCUUGAUAAAAGGGGUAGGGGGAUAUGUGGAGAGUGUUCCUUAUGGAGCCCUUCUUGGAGAAAUCCACCUCAAGGAAGUGAAUUAUUUUGAGCUAGGAGUGGAGGUUGUGGAAAAAAGUAGAAAGGCAGAGGGAUUCAAAUCCAUCAUUCCUUAAUUAAGAAUCCAUAUUACCUUUCCCAAACAAGAAACACAUUAAACUUUAGGGAAAGGAUAGGCAUUUGUGAGUGUGGGCACUAGGGGGGUAUGUGCCUGUGUAUGUGUCACCUGCACAGCAUUUUAUUAACUCCGUUCAGAGCUUCCCUUCCUGGAUAGGCUCUUUCUCCACUCUGCACACGCUGCUGCUCCAUCCCAUCUCUCUCAUUUUCCCUCUGUGGAGAGGGAGAGUCCCAGGCUGCAGGAAGCCGCAGUGCACAUUGGCCCGAGUCUCUGUACUCUAAUCUCCACCCAGGCAGAUGUUUGGCUGGUGCUUGGAGGUGGAGGGAGAGAGGAAGGCUGGAGAAGCUGUUGUCACUGGUGACUCAGGAUUGAUAUGCAGAAGGGAGGGGAGAGACGAGCCAGCACACCCAUAGAGAUUGCAUCUGAUGUAUAGGAUGCUCAGCUUCAGAUCAGCUCCUGGGGGAGGCCACCUUUAUCUUUAAAUAAGGACAUUCUUUGACAAGAUUACCUUCAGGAAGAUACUUACAAUGAUUAAUGUUUGGGAGGGUUGAAUUUAAAAGAAAAACAUGGAUUUUUGCCAGUCUUCAGUGUUACUAUAUGAAUUGUCUAUUUCCUAUAUUCUCCCCCUUUGAGUCCACAAGGAGAUGGACACACCCGUGCCUGCAAGCGCAGUGGGCAGGCAGCCCUCUGUCCACCUCCUCCAUCCAGGAUUACACCCAGCCUAAAACCUCUCUGUGUCCCCUGCAAUGCAGUUUAGGCCAAGUUCGAGAUCCGGAGCACCUUCAGCCUGUCUUGCCCUUGGGGUGAUUUCUGUGCAUUUUUGGCCAAGGCUGUGAGACCAACCCCCAGUUUCCUAGGCCAAGAAACAGGUAUUGUAAUUCUGGUCUAGAAUACUGCCCUGAGGGUUGGGUGAUUGAGAAAAGUAGGUGGAAGCUCCAGAUUAAAGUAAAAGACUAUGAAUAAAUAAGUUUGUUUUUUUUUCUAAAACCUCUGCCCCAAACCUUAUCUUAUUUUCUUAAAUUUUGAAAAAUAAAGACUUCUGCUACUCCUGGGUAUGGAUGUACUAGAUGUUUGCUAUUAAAUUAUUAACCUUGCAACACAAGGGCAUAUGCAACUGGACCAAGACACAAGAGUUAAGAAUGUCCACCUUAAAGGCUUCUUUAACUAGCAUAGUUUCCUGGGAGUUCACAAUCAUACUGGUUAUAGCAUGUAACCUUAGUUGAGCAGACCAGGUGCUAGGUCCUGCUCCCCACCUCAAUUGGAAUGAUUCAUCUUAGACACUCCUCUUCUCCCUUCCACCCCCCCAUUUCUGGGAAAUGAGCUCAGAUGCUAUUUCUGUCUGGCCAGGCUGACCUUCAGAGAUGAGAGGCAGUGGGCACAGUGAGGAAGGGGCAGAUUCUCCGAGAGUGAGCCCCCACCAAUAGCCAUGAUUCUCAGAUCAAGAAAACUGGCCAAGAGCAGACCCGCAGUGUGUUUUGUGAGCCAAGGAUUUCUGCAGUGUGAAGGACUGGAAAUACACCCUUCUUUGAGCUGAAAGGAUAAUAAGACCACCCUUUCUCAAAAACCCCUCCUGUUUGGCCAUACAAUAUCUCCUACUGAGAAUUAUAGCAGGGCGAUUCUGAGUUAUGAUAAUGGGAAAACAAAAAUAAGAAGGGAACACAGUGGGUUGUAACAAGGACACUGAGAUUAUGAGAGCAGACUUGAGGCUUUAUGGGCAUGCAUAGGGAAUAUUAUAACAAGAGCACU